AUGGCAAGCAAGGGGCCCUCGGCCUCUGCGUCCCCUGAAAACUCCAGCGCAGGGGGGCCCAGCGGCAGCAGCAAUGGCGCUGGCGAGAGCGGGGGCCAGGACAGCACUUUCGAGUGCAACAUCUGCUUGGACACAGCCAAGGACGCCGUCAUCAGCCUGUGCGGCCACCUCUUCUGUUGGCCGUGUUUACAUCAGUGGUUGGAGACGAGACCUAACAGACAGGUGUGUCCAGUUUGCAAAGCUGGCAUCAGCCGCGACAAGGUCAUUCCGCUCUAUGGCAGGGGCAGCACCGGGCAGCAGGAUCCCAGAGAGAAGACCCCUCCCCGUCCUCAAGGGCAGAGGCCAGAGCCGGAGAACAGAGGGGGAUUCCAAGGGUUUGGAUUCGGAGAUGGUGGCUUCCAGAUGUCUUUUGGAAUUGGGGCCUUUCCCUUUGGCAUAUUUGCCACAGCAUUUAACAUAAAUGAUGGGCGGCCUCCUCCAGCUGUCCCGGGAACGCCCCAGUACGUGGACGAGCAGUUCCUCUCACGCCUCUUCCUGUUUGUGGCCCUGGUGAUCAUGUUCUGGCUAUUGAUUGCCUAA